CUACCCUCUCCUCUCCUCUCUCCCCUUCUCCCCCGGCAACCUCGUCAGCUUUGCUUUUCUGACCCUCCGCUCGAGCACCCAGUCCUUUUCCCCUCUCCUAUUCCUCACCUCAGCAGCGUUAGGGUCAGGCAGGGCCAUUCUCGUUUUACACGCGCUAGAACCCAUCCCGUAAGCAAGAUGGAUCGGGAGAAGCUUAUGAAGAUGGCCACUGCCGUCCGUACCGGCGGCAAGGGCACUGUUAGGAGGAAGAAAAAGGCUGCUCACAAGACGACGACGACCGACGACAAGAGGCUAUCAAGCACGCUGAAGCGCCUGGGAGUGAACACGAUUCCUGGAAUCGAGGAGGUCAACAUCUUCAAAGACGACACCGUCCUCCACUUCUCCAACCCUAAGGUGCAAGCGUCGAUCGGAGCAAACACAUGGGUUGUUAGUGGCGUCCCGCGGGAGAAGAAUCUCCAAGAAUUGCUGCCUGGCAUCAUCAACCAGCUUGGCCCUGACAACUUGGCCGGACUGAAAAAGAUUGCUCAGGAGUAUCAGAAGGCGGGUGAGGCUGCUGCUGCCGCUGGGGCUGCUGCUGAGGAUGAUGAUGAGGUGCCAGAGCUGGUCGAGGGAGAGAACUUCGAGGAUGCUUCCAAAAAGGAACCAGCAGCCGCAGAAGCCUAAACUGGUCCACAUGCAAGUGGGUUGUUCGGGUGCUGCUGGGAAGUCUACAAGUUUAGCUCCUGGAAUUCGGAGAGGGAUGGUGCUUAGAAGGUGUGGCUUGGUGAGAGAACCUGCUGGUCCUACACUUUGAGAUAACUGGAAGCUGUGGUGCAGCUGGUUCACUCAGCAAUCACGUUGUGUAGGAAGAUGGGACUGCGGUCAUUUGCAUACGACCGCCCUAGUGGGUUUUAUUUUGCUGAUCUAUGCCCAUUUUGUGUCAUUCCUGUCCCCUGCCUUGAAGUGUAUUGGAGGCAACACACUAAAAAGCCUUUCAUUCUCCAUCAUUUCUUGAAUGACUUCUCCUGAAUUAAUGAUGUUGGACUGG